GUGCAGGAUCUACUGGAUCGCUGACGGGAGGAAGAGAAGCAGAGUGGCUUCUGGGCUCCUGCAAGAGUCGAAGCAGCAGCAGCUGGAGGAUGAAGAGGAUACCAACAAAAGUACUCUGGACAACUGAGAAUAACCAGCAUCUUUGAAAAUGAAAGCAAAUUGAGCCUUCAGGAAAGCACACAAUUCUUCUCUUUCCCCAGCUGGUGAGAGACAAAGGGGAGAAAAUCCAGAACAAAUUUCAAACUGGAAAAAAUAGAGUAUGCAGAACUCAACCACAGAUUACAUAUAAAGAUCAAAGGAGAUUAAUUUUUCCAUUCAGAAAAAGAGGGAAAUCUCUAGACAUGAGUGAGGAGGAAAAAGACAAUUGGAUAGCCACAAAAGGUAGACAGUAAUGCAGAUCUUUAGACAGUAAUGGAGGCCUUGCCCUAUGAGGAAGAAAACAGUAGCUUGAAUCAAAGAUCCAUGUAACAAAAGAUCACACGUAUUUUUGAACCCUUCGAGAACCUCAGUGGUGGAAAAGCUCCAUAGAUGUCCCUGUUGUGGGCAAAGCACACAGAGCAAAGUACAGAUAAUGCAUAAGAGGAUCCACUUUUGGGGGAAAGCCAUUCAAAUUAUCCGAAUGUGAGUAAAGAUUUAGUUAGAUCGGCUCCCUUGUGGUUCAUUGAAGGACCCACACAGGAGAGAAGCCCUAUAACUACUCCCAAUGCAGUAAACGCUUUUUCCAAGCAUGGCAACCUGAUGAUACAUCAGAGGACUCACACAAGGAGAAGACCCUUUGAAUGUGCUGAUUGUUGGAAAACUUUCAGUCAGAAUUCCAACCUGAUGGUAUAUUACAGGAUGCACACAGGAAAGAAAUCAUAUAACUGUCCUGAUUGUGGAAAAGGUUUCAUUGCAAAUUCCCACCUGGUGAUACACCAGAGGACUCACACAGGAGAAAAACCCUUUGAAUGUCCUGAUUGUGGGAAAGGUUUCAGUCAGAAUUCAAGCCUUGUAAUACACCAAAGGACUCACACAGGAGAGAAACCCUUUGAAUGUUCUGAUUGUGGGAAACGUUUCAGUUGGAAUUCCAAUUUGGUUAAACACCAGAGGACUCACACAGGGGAGAAACCGUUUGAAUGUCCUGACUGUGGGAAAAGUUUCAGUCAGAAUUCUGACCUGGUAAACCAUCAGAGGACUCACACAGGAGAGAAACCCUUUGAAUGUCUUGAUUGUGGCAGAAGUUUCAGUCAGAAUUCCAACCUGGCGACACACCAGAGGAUUCACACUGGAGAUAAACCCUUUGAAUGUCCUGAUUGUGGCAAACGUUUCAGUCAGAAUUCCAACCUGAUGACACACCAAAGGACUCACACAGGAGAAAAACCCUUUGAAUGUCCUGAUUGUGGGAAACAUUUCAGUCAGAAUUCCAGCCUGGUGAUACACCAAAGGACUCACACAGGAGAGAAACCAUACGAAUGUCCGGAUUGCGGGAAAGAUUUCAGUAGUAGGUCUAGUCUUAUCAGUCAUGUAGUUUUACACACAGGGGAAAAACCUUUCAGAUGUCCAAUCUGUGGACGGUACUUCAGACGAAAAUCAUCUUUUAUUGCACACAAGGUAAUCCAUAUGAGGCAAACACUGCCAGGUUUAGAGAAGGCUUGAAUGUCAUUUCUGAUUCCCCAUUGGAAGCGUAAGUUAGAAAUUGACAAUUUGAAUUGUGGCUUGAUUCGUUUUAGUCGGCAUAUCUCAGGAUUAUAAUUUUAGGUGCGGAGAAAAAAAUGGAAAAAAAUUAGUGUGAUAAAGGCUAACUAACUCUUUGUGUUGGUCAACAGAGGUGACUGGAUAUUUUCUUUUACAGAAUUUGUGUAAUUUGUCAAAACGGCCUUUGUGUGAUGUUUUUUGUAUAUAGAUUAUUGAAAUCCUACAUUUGGAGUUUCCUUCUGUCUUGGCGUCCACCAGAUUUUGAUCCUCACAAUUCACCAGCCAGCAUACAAGUAAUCCUCGAGACUUAACUAUAAUGAGGCCUACCUCUUAUGGAUGCAUUUAGCAAUGGUGACCGUACUUUGAUUAACUAACCCCAUCCCCUGCUCUCCCUUAUGCAGCCGUUAAGUGAAUGUGUAAGUUGCUAAAUAGGACACUGGCUGCCUCAGUGUUGGGGGCUUAGCCCAGGCCCAGGCUGGUCCCCUCUCCCAGAGGCAUCUCUAGGCCUCCUCCACCCCCUAAGACACCUAUUGCUCUGGUUCCCAACUCUUCGUUCCCCCCAGGCCUUUUCCUCUCUUACAGGAUCCCACCAGGCUUUUCCUCCCCACACCCCAGGCCUUUCUCACAUAAUACCCUUGGGCUUUUUCCCAGUCCCACUGGCUCCCUGUGGACCUUAGGCCAUUCCAAACAAAUGGAGCACCCACAACCUCUGGAGGCAAGCCAUUCCACUGAUUAAUUGGUUUCACUUACAGGACAUUUCUCCUUAAUAUUAGACUCCUUUUUGAUAAGUCUGUUACUUCUUGUCUUGCUUUGGAAAAUAGGUCGACCCCCUCUUUUCUGUAUCGGCCCCUCAAAUAUUGCUAUUUCGUCCCCGCUAUUUUUUCUUUCUGUUAGACUAGACCCGUGAUGGUGAACCUACGGCACGCGUGCCACAGGUGGCAUGUGGAGCCAUUUGUUGGGGCACGCAAGGCCCUGUCCGCUCCAGCGGGCAUGUGCGCACUUGCCCGCUGACUUCGGCCUUCUUUUGAAGCCAUUUUUCGCCAUUAAAGGAAGCCUCUGGAACGUUAAAAAGUGGCCCUACGGCCAAACCGGAAGUUUGGGAGUGGUGACUUCCGGUUUGCUCCUAGGGCCAUUUUUUGCCCUGCGGA